AUGGUGUGGACACCGGACCUAGACGUUUUGCCGCCUAUAACUCCUCAGUUCUUCGUCCCUCGAAUGUUUAGUGCAAUCGAGAAGGUGAAGGCCACAACUCUAGUGAACCGCGAUGCGCGUAAUCUUCCCGACUCGAAUGAUACAGAAUGCUCUCAAGAUAUUCCUGCACUUCCCUCGCUGUCACCAGAGGUACUAUGGACAAAAUCAUUGACCAGUGGGGAUCAGCAUUCAGAUCGAGUUGUCUCUUGGGACAUUCUGCGCCGAUUACACCCCGAUCGUUCCUGCAGCACGCCCUUCUUGACUGAGCAGUCUUCUGAAGUAUCAGCUUCAGCACAAUACCAGUCAGAUUCACUUUUUUGUGUUGUUAAUGCCAUGACAAACGAAAUAUUUAGCGUGCAACCUUUGCCGUUCGAUCUGCGAGCAAGUGUAAUCUCUGUAAAUGAACUUGAGCUUCUUGAGUCGUUGAGAAUGACAGUUCUCGGGACCUCGUCUUUUCUGCAUACGUGGGAUCCUGAUUCAGAGAAGUUCUUAUCAUUCGGAGGCGCAGCAAACCUGCCAAGCAGGUUCAUUAUUAGUGGUAAGGAUGAGACGAUGACUAGUAGUCUCCUACGGCGUUUUUUGGACAUUGGUACUUUGAUGCGACGCUUGGAGGUAUUCCUGAAUGAUUUGCGAACACGACGCAAACUAGAAAGUGAAACAGUCCACGCUUUCUCGCAUGCGCUCUCCGUGGUGCUAGUCUAUCUACGUGACCAGCUUUCUCGUGGGCCUCUCUCUAACUUUAGUAUCCCCGUCUCUUCAAAGACCUUAUCUGCGACAUGGUUGUAUUACGGGGAUUUUGAAGAAAUUGUCGUCUCUUUAGCGUCACUUUGCCAGAGGGGCCUUGGGCUGUCCCCCUCGCAAUAUCCACGAUUUACAAUGAAACCAGUGGCUCUACUUUCUCGUAUAUACAAGUAUCUCGAUACCCAUUUUCGCAAAUCGUCUCCCCGGGCUUUGAUUGCUGUGUUCGCUUAUCUCCUGACGAUGUCCUCGAAAAACUACCUACAGUCAUUGUGUCGCUCGGUUGCAUACACUGAUAGCAAUGGACAGCGGACCGCAACCACCCAAUAUCCUCAGCGGACCGCAGUCGGUCUGUUGGAUACCGAAGACAUUGAUCAUGUUUCGCCUGAAGAGGAUGGCGUUCUCCUUGCUGAGGACGAUGAAUUGCCAUCUUUUAUACCACGCGAAUUGGCCGAAGCGUUGCCAUCCGCUCAAAAAUCCCUCAAAUUGCUUGCUGCCGCACAACCCGAUCAUCCUGUACUCAACCCGCCGGUGCGGCGACCGUACAUCACUUGGGUCUGGUCAAACAGGGACAUCCGAGACAUAUGGAAAACGGGAUCUCUCGGAGAGGUUGGUAAUGUAGCGGCCGUCAUAGCCCCCCACAGUCCCCCCGAUCUAGCUUCGGCUGAUAUCAAUCUUCAUGGGUGCGGCUACCAGUCCGACCUCGUUGGUUUCCAUAUUUUCGAUCUGGAGCCUGGCUCAAGCGGUGACAAUACAUUCCAUGAGCACUCAAUGCACGCUGCAUUGGGAAGCUUCAUCCAGUCAUUCCCACCCCUCAUCUCACACGCUGCCUCCCUUUCUAAUGCACUAUUAUCGAUAUUCCUCGACCAGAACUCGUUCCUCUACGUACACGAUCAUCUGGUUCUGCUUCGCUCACAUAUGCUCCUGACCUCCCCAUCGUUCAAAUCACGACUCACAGCUGCCUUGUUCUCUGACACCGAUGAUCGCGAGGUUGUCGCUGGAGGAGGAAAAUCAUUCGCAUUGUCCCGCCAGAGGAGUAGAUCAGGUGUUGGAGGGGCUCAACAUCGCGCCAGUCGUUGGGCCGUUGGCUUAGCCCCGUUCUUGACAGAGCGAGGGACGUGGCCUCCUGGGGGUGCCGACCUUAGCUUUUUCUUGAGAACAGUCAUCGUGGACUCUCAAAAUACAUGCUUACUUGACGAUGAAAGUCAGGAGCAUGAACUCGGGUCGAGGCGCAUAGCAGAAGAAGCUGAAGUCCGUCUUGGGUUCGCCAUCAAAGACCUCGCCAGCGAUACGGGACGUGAACGAUGGCUUAACCCACUUUAUAUCGAAGCGUUAGACUUCCUCUAUCUCGACUACAAAGUGCCUCACCCUUUGGACGUGGUUAUCACACCGGACACUGCAUCAAAGUAUCAGAGGAUCUUCUCUUUUCUUCUACGCGUGAUGAGAGUGGAGUCUGCUAUUCGCGCGGCUUUCAGGAUGGCGAAUCAGGAUGUGCUAUUUCCGACCUUAAAUCAAUCCAGGAAACUCCUCACCCACUUCCGUUUCGUGGCGCAUUCGUUCGUGGUCACCCUCUCCGCGUACAUAUUCGAUGUGGCAAUUGGGGGCAACUUUGACGCGUUCCUGGCUCGAGUCGCUGCGUGUCGUUUGGGUACAAGCUCUGAAUUUACGGAUGUCUUUUCCCUUGCUAAGGCUCAUUCGGCUGUCCUGGACGACAUUCUCAGUGCUUGUUUGAUACGCUCGGCUCAACGGGCAGCUGGUGACCUACUUCGUGGGAGCUUAGAACUUGUCCUGGAGCUCUGCGUCAUGAUUGGUGACCUCAAAGACGGGCGGCUGCAAGAGUAUCAGGCGUCAUCAGCUCUUGAUGUCCUCUUUGCUGCAUUUCGCAAGAAAAUAUCGACCUUGAUCAAAAUCCUGGAGGUCUUGCUAGAGAAGGAUGUGAAAUCAUCGCAACGCCAGGAACUUUUGCUCGCGUUACAGGAACAAAGCGAUGUUCGCCACGCCCCUGGCGGUCUGGAGGCAUUGCGCCACCUCAUAUUACGCCUCGAUAUCAACGAGUGGUGGAAGAACUCGUGA